CUCACGCACACCGGAAGUAGUUUACAGGAAGUUGACCAUUUACAGAUGGCGGGUGUUUUGAUCUGUCAUAAGCUUUGCCUCUCGACGCCAUCAGUGUAAUAAACGACAUUCCAGAAUAAUGAAUUCUAACCAAGCAGAGAUAUUGGAAAAGCUCUUGCACAUGAAGAAGGAGCUAGCAAGAAAAGAGAAAAAGCUGAAGAAAUGUGCCCGAGCAGUCUCCGCUAAGGAACAUGUUAAAAGAAGACUGAGAGAACAGGAAGUACUGGAAGGGAAGGCUAAUGCUCAUCACUUGACCUCUGACUUUUGUGUCCCUUCUCUAGUCUCUUCUGAUACCUGUCAAACCUAUAAGUCUCCCCAUACAGAGUCAAGUCACAGUACUGCUGAAGUGGGCCCAAAUAGUGAACAUCUGUCUGCACACUUCAACACGAACAGUGGUGACAAUGAUGGGCAUGUGGAAAUAAUUUCUAUUCACAGCAAUGCAUGUUUAAAACCCAAAGAACAUAAGUCAAAACAUUUCAAUUGCAACAGCAAAGAGGAUGAUGUUAUCUCUGCACAUAAUUGUAAGCAUGUUACAGACAUUCUACCAUCAGAAUCUGACUCUGAUAAAAGCUUGAACUGGAACUCUUCAAAUGAAAUGGUUUCUAGUGCUGAACAUCAAAGUAAGAGAUCUUUGUCUCUUAAAAGGAAAAGAAAUGUGUCGAAGCGCAUGGCAGAUACUUCAACUUCUAAGACAAACCCCCCUGUUAACCUUACACUACACACUGAUGGUGGGGUAGAUCACAUUCCUGUACAGAGAACACCGAACAUGAGUGGAAAGUCAGCCUCCAUUACUGACUGUAUAUCAUAUGAUGAGGAAAAGUUAUCAGAGGUCGUGUUCAAACAAGUAGAGAAACCCAGCCCAUUGAAACAAAAAAAUCCCAUAGAUAGACUGAAGAAACCAGAACCUAGUUCAGAAAACAGCAAAGUCAGGAAUAAGUCUGUGAAAAGACGACGGAGGACCAUUGGAAGAAUUUUGGAUAUUGAUUUGGAAAAGGAUGUAAAUUUCCAGCAUAGUUCAGAAUCUUCUCAAAACAGUGAAGAGUAUGAAACUCUUAGGUUGAUACAGGAGAGUUAUAGAUCAGGGGUAGACUACUCUACCCGUCAUGGUAAAACUCAUAACCUUCCCUCAAUGCUUUCAUCAAUAUUUCAGUACUUCAUUGAUGAAAAUCGGCGACAGAAAGAACCGAGUGAUUUUAGUCUCCCAGUAGAACAAUUUGGAAGAAUGAUACGAAAACGCUUAAAAGUGACAACAGGGAAAUUAUCAGAUAACUCCAAAGAGGAAGAAAUGACUGACAAAUAUGAGCAUCACAUAGAUGAGUCAAGUCUGAAUUCCAUAGAAGCUUCCAAAGAUUUGUUCCAUCCUGAUACAAGAGGAACAAAGUCAGCAGCAUCAUUUCCGGAUUAUUCUCCAAAGUUCACAAUUCAGGAUGACCUUAUAAGGACUGAAAAAGUUAGUGGUGACAAUUUAACAUUAGCAAAUCAAUCUGAUUCCAAAGCAGGAGGUGUAAAUGGUGACAAGAUUACUCCAAUCAUUGAGGGAACUCCCCAUGUAUCUGAACAGUGUCCACUGGUAUCAUGUGACCAUACCAAACACAAACACAACAAAGGUUGUGACUCGGAUCAUAUGUAUAAAAAUGAACUGUUGUCAAGCUCUAACAGUUCACUAUUAAACAAAGACAUAAAGGUGUCAAGGAAUUGUUUUAAGGGUGGAGAAACGCCAAAAUACGACACUGAGAGCUGUGACUUUAGUGAAGAACAUAUUCCUUUGUCACCUGCCCUGUUUGGCUCGCCACCUGAUAGCCAGCUGGGAACUGGGAAUUCCUCUUCUGUUGGAGAUUGUGACUCGCAGGACAGCCAACUCAUCAGCAUCCGCAGAGUCAACAAAGGGGAGAGACUCAAACAUCUUGGCUGUAUCAAGUUUUCACAGCAAGAUUCACUGAGGUGUGUUGCCGCUUGCUGUAUUCAGAUUGUACGGCGUAGAACAGAUGUGUUGUUGUGUAUCGGCCAGUCAACAAUGAGUUUGUGGAACCAAAGGGGAGACAACUACACAUGCAUUAAGUCAUGGAAGCUUGAAGAGGACUAUAAUUCAGUGGAGUGCUAUACCUUCCCAGCUGUGUUCCGGGACAAGUUCUGCUACUUCCUGGUUGUGCUGCGUGGUGUUGGAUGUACCGCCCAGGUGGUUCACUACAAUGCCAGAACAGAUCAUCCCCAGCUAGUACAGUGUCUACAGGCAAACAGUGUUACUGCCUGCUGCCUGAGUGUAGAAGCUUUAGCUGUGGGAGAUACUAAUCAGGAUAAAACUAGGGUCACCAAAUACUCUAUGGACUGUGAUGGUCAGCUAACAAUCCAGCAGGAAUUUGACCCCUCUCCGGGUGGUUCAAGUACACCUAGGUGUUUGAAGCUUGUAGAAAAUCUCCAGUCAGCACUAGCUCUCUGGUCCUCUACCAACACAUUAGUGUUAUGGAACACAGAAACAGGAACACUGGUGUGGACACUUGAUCUGUCGCUGACUUGGCCCGAGAUGUCUACACUAGUCACAGCAGAAUGGCAGCAGGAGUAUUUAUUGCUGUCAUUGCUGACCGACAAGAAAUCAGACGAUGCUGGUGUUCUAUUAGUGGUCAAUCCCGAGACGGAAGUCAGCAAAGUAUUGGUCCAAUAUACUGCCACAAGCUGGGAGGGAGUGAAGUGUAUUGGACAGCUGGAGGACAGCAUUGCUGCCACUGACCACAGAGGUCAGACUUGUGUGUGGGAUCCCUAUUCUGGUCAGCUGUCUUACCAAUGUGAUCCCUGCACUGGUAUCAAAGGUCUCGGCUGUUACUGGAGGAAGCUCGUCACCAUGUAUGAUCAUUGUGUACACAUAUUUAAAUGAUAUAAAACUUUAGAGCCAACACUGUACUUCUCAUAAAGGUAGUGUAGGUUCUGUUAUCCCUUGCUUGGAUGCCUCCAGGUUUACAGGGCGAUUGAAGAAUAGGAACUAAAAAGUAGUGGUCAAUCAAAACAAGCCAAGGGUUAUCAGAUUAGUAUCUUAGUACUGCAUGUCUACUGGUUUCGCCCAAACAUGUGGGCUUCUUCAGGACCUGAAUCUGAUAAUCAUGGGCUUGUUGCAAUGGAGUCGUGAAUUGACCUCUACUUUUUAAAUGAUAUUGAUAUGUACACAUCAAUAUGUGACAUCACUAUUGGGUAUGUACAAUCUGUGACUACAGAUUUAAAUGACAUCAUUGUGUAAAGUCAUUUUACACAUAUUUGAGUGACAUGACAAUAAAACCAUAUUUCAGUGACAUCACUUUAUACAAUCUGUGUACUCAUAUUUUCAUGACAUCACAUCGGUGUACACAUCUUUAUACGACAUCAUAAUCCCAUAUACGAUCUCUACAAUACAUUACAAUUACAUCUAUUAUUGUGUGCUCUUUAUCUCAACUUCUGUCCAUAUCCUUGGCAUCCAUUUUAUGUGUCAACUUUUACUCUUUUGCUCUUGAUGUUUUCCAAGGUGUAAUGAUGUGACAUCACUGCAUAAUCAUUUUCUUAUUUAAUUAUUGAAAAAGCCAGCUAAACAGUUAUGAUUUCUUCUUCAAAAUCCUGUUUGUUGUUGUUUUGUUAAAUAAUAUACAAGUUUCUACUUCAUAGAAAUUUGGUUAAAACUGUGAUCUUGACGAAUUGUACAAUUAUGGAAAUUAUUAUUGUUGACAUGCUAUAUAACAUUAAAUGUUGAUGUUGAAGUGUUGUUCUGGUGCUGAUUUAUAAUAUAUUUAUGUAAUUUUAGUGUGCCUGGCUAGUUGAGCCAAGCAAGCUCAUGCCUCGAUGCAGCAUCAACCAUCCAUCUAUUAUAUUGUUCUUUGAAAAAAAUUCUUCAGAACAGUUAAGUGUAGAGUUAUAAUCUUUUUCUUAAUCUUUUGCCUGUUUUUCUAGAUUUUGCAAUCACUCUGAAAUUUUUGGGGAUAUACCUGGGCUAUCUGUAUAGUGCAGAAUACAGAACAGUCACUGUGGUAUUUCGGAGGUUGUAUUUCAAUAAUAGUUUUCAAACAAUAAAAUCUAGUUCUAAUGAAAUUAUUUUUUUCUCAAAUUGAGUGACAUUUUCAGAUAAACUGUUUUGAAAACUAUAGGCACAGUUGUUUUCUGUAAGAUCAUCUCCUUAAGUGAUACAUUGUACAACUUUUGGACAUUAAGGUAUCUUGUAUCGUUGAAAACCCACGAGACUCUGCACUGUCGUUUGUGUCACUAAAGACAAGUCUCAUGGGUUUACUAUGAUUGAUAUCUUAUUGAAUAAUGAACUGUUGAUGAAAAUCUGAGGUAAACCUUCUUUGAGAAUUAAAUGGUUAAUUUAUUAUCAUAUUUUAAUAUCUAUUUGAACCUUCUAUUAUUGCUCAAUUACUUCAAACAUUAUCGAUAUAUGCAUUUGUAAGAUUGUGCAUCAAUCAAGUAUAUAUCAAUAGAUGUCCUAAACUUAGUGAUAACUCUUUUAGAGAGGAUUGUUUAUGUUUAUUGUCUUACCAACAGUCAUUUUUAAGUGGAGUCUCCUUGAAGUAACUGGUGGCUACCUCAUUUAACAAUAUACAGGAGAGCCGUAGCAUGCUAUCCAGAGCAAUUGGGAUAGGGCUUCUUAACCAAGAACACAACAGCACAGGAACAGUCUCUCAUAUCAUCUAUUUCAUGUACUUUAAUUACAAAAUUAACCACAAAUAACAAUGAUUGCUUUUAUUUCAUUCUCUCAUUACAUAGUG